AUGAGUCUAAACGGCCCUCUCUCAGAGGCCGAUGAGUCAAAGAUCGUCGAUACUACCUCGACCAUGACUUCGACUCUGUUGGCCUCAAGUCAAGAUGAAACUCACAAUGAGAAUGCUGGCUUUGGUGAAGUUGGCAAUGUAGUCGGGGAUGAUAACAAGCCAGCUGCGCAAGGAGUUGCUAGAUUUGUCGACGACAUCGAGACUCUAAAGAAGAAGAUUCUCGAACUCGAACAGCAGGCCAAAGCCGCUUCAUCGACAAAUCUUGAACAAGAAAAUUCGCCAUCAGAAACAGAAAUUGAAAGAGAACAGUACAAACGAAUGGAAGAUUGCCUUUAUAAGCACCGAAAGGAGUGGGAGGUGAAUGCAGGGCCUGGAGGAUGGAACCUAUGGUCAUUCAACGACUAUUUUAGGAACGGAAGAUCUGAUCGUCGCUGGGAACUAAGCAACGAUGAAGUUUACGAACGGCCAAAUCCUUUUAAUCCAUCUCAUAGCUGCGUGGAUUUAAAAGAUACUGUGAAUGCUGAUGCGAAGGCUGAUGCCUAUGAGGAGUUUGACCGCGAAAUCGAUUAUGGCCACCGCCGUGAGCGGCUGCGUAAGAACUUUGAAUGGGACAUGGACCGCCUCUACCUAGCAGAAGAGUCCGAAAAACGAAAGAAACAUAAAGUUCCGCUAGACGACAAACUUGAGGAUACUGAGAAAGCUGAGCCCGACAAAGACAAAGAGCGGGUUUUUGCAGAGCCGAAGCUCACUCGGGUGAGCUGGGCGGCUUUCAAAGCCAUGGAAUCAAUGAUUGAGGAGGAAUCAUGCGCCAUUGAUAUUCUCAUAGGCGACCCUAUUGUCGAUGAUGAUGCCAGAGAUUACCGGCGGUGGUAUGGCUUUGGUAAUCGCCGAAAGCGUAAGACGGAGGUUGUUUUGGAUGGCAAGAUGCACGAAACAAAUGAAAAUCGCCAAGGAGCUCUUCCUGAGAGAAUACGAAUCCACUCGACUAUCCUUCGUCAUAUUCUCGCUCAAAUUCUCUCAUCGAACGCGAAUGAGGCAUUGACUAACUCAGGCUAUCUUUCGAUAGUCUUUGUUAGGCCUUUCAAAGCCCUCUUCUAUUGCAAGCCCGCGCUGUUAGACUGGUACGCCGAGCUCUCGCAGAAACUAAAGGAAAAGCAGAACAAACCAAGUGUCACCAAUGUGCCGGAUACCGAGGGUGACUCAAGUCUAACACAGGCUGUAGAGGAUUCUAAAGACGAAAAGCCACCUGCCGAAGAACCUACGGCUGUAAAGCCAGUGGAACCGACUGAAGACAAAAGCGAGCUUGAUACGAAGGAAGAAGUGACAGCGAAAGAAGAGAAAGUGGAAAAUAAAGAAGCAGAAGAAAAAGGAGCAGAAGAAGAGAAGGUAGAAGAGGAGAAAUCGGGAGAAGAAAAGGUGGAAGAAAAGAAGGCAGAAGAUGAAGAAGAUGAAGAGACAAAGCUUGAUAACUUCACAAAGUCAGCAGCUGCACUGGAGCAUAUAAGUUGCCUUAUUGACUUUAUCGACUCUGACGUUUCCUUGCGAGUUUCGCAUCUCGGGGACCCUGAAUGCCGCAAAGUAUUCUUUUCGGAUCUCUGGUUACUUUUCCGGCCUGGAAUGGAAGUUAUCGGAAGCGAUGGCAAGCAGGUAUACAGAGUCAUCGGCGUCACCAGCGCAAAACACCGAGUUGCGGCACCUUGGGAGAGGUGGUACAACAACAUUACGGAUGACAAGCGCAAAGCGUCACCCUUUAGCAUCACCUGUAUCUACAUCGACUUUGACGGAAAGAAUAUUGGUCCAGUAACCAAAAUCUUUGACUUCAAGAGGUUCGAUGGCGAGAAGGAUAUUACUUUACUUGAAGUUUAUCCUCUUCGCUUUCACCCUGUCAAGCAAUCCGACCUCGAUGAUUCGCUGUGGUCAGAAGAUGAAAGUCUAUCACAGUUUCAGAAACACAGACGAAUGCUGAUACGACGGGGAGCCAUGUUUCUUGAAGUUGCCGCCGUCAAGCAUAUGUACUACGCUGGGCCGACGCUGGAAGUACGCGAUGAUGUCGAAGGGCAAGUGGUUAUCGAUUUCGAAACGGCCUUUUCUGUGGAAGAUGAAAGCCAGAAGCAGUGGAAGCCAAUCUUGCAGCCCCUCAUUGGAAACCCUCCGGCGGACGAUGACGAUGAUACAGCCGAUGCUCGUUGUCGCGGCCGCUGCUGCGAGGGCGACAUGGUAUACGACGACACGCAUAUAGACGAACAGCAGAAGACAGAAUACCUCAAUAGUCUUUUACCUAGGAUAACAGCUUUGAACGAACAGCCUUCUAUUGCCGUUUUCCCACGGUCCUUGAAAGAGUUGAGAGCGGCUGGGUCUGAAAACGGCCCUUAUGUUACAGACGAGGAAUUAGUUAUCAUGUCGUAUCGUGUGUUUGGCUUUGUGCUACGCAACCGAAAAUGGGCUAAAUUGGAUCUUACGUACAUGACGGCUGUACAUGCGCCAGAGGCGUCGGCCGUGUUGGCCGAUGAGAGAGCACGCAAUAGUAACGACAAUAAGAAGCCUAAAACCGCUUUUGAUCGUCUUGUUAUCGAGAAAGAGCACAGGUCCAUGAUAGUGUCACUAGUUGCCCAGCAUUUCCGAGACAAAAAGUCAUCAAGUGGACAACAACAGCAGUUUGACAUUGUCAAAGGCAAAGGAAAGGGAUUAAUUUUGCUUCUUCAUGGUGCGCCCGGAGUGGGUAAAACGUCGACUGCUGAGGGAAUAGCAGAACUCUUCAAGAAACCGCUGUUUCAAAUUACGUGCGGUGAUCUCGGCACAACUGCAGCGGAAGUCGAAAAGGCUCUAGAAACAAAUUUUGCACUGGCAAAUCGAUGGGACUGUAUUCUUCUUCUCGACGAGGCGGAUGUAUUUUUGGCUGCGAGGACGAAAGAAGACUUUGUGCGGAAUGGACUUGUAGCAGUUUUCUUGCGUGUUAUGGAGUAUUACGCUGGAAUCCUCUUUUUGACCACCAAUCGUGUUGGAGACUUUGACGAAGCCUUUACCUCUCGAAUCCACAUCAGCUUAUACUACCCAGAGUUGGAUGCUGGCAAAACUCUUGAAGUCUUCGACAACAACUUGGCCAUGAUUGAAGACAGAUUCGCGAAGAAAAACCGACUCAUUAACAUUGAGAACACAAAGAUUCGCGGCUUCGCUGCCACUCAUUUCCUCCAGCACAAGGAAGCUCGCUGGAAUGGCCGGCAGAUUCGCAAUGCUUGCCAGACAGCACUAGCCCUAGCCGAGUAUGAAGCUCAGGGCAACAGUCAUGAGGCUAUCCUGAAGCCCGAUGCUCUCGUUAAUCUCAACGAAAGACAUUUCGAAAUUGUACAGAACGCGUAUCUCGAGUUUGCCGAUUACAUGAACAAGCUAUAUGGUAUUGGCGCAGCACAACGGGCCAAGGAAGGUCGACUACGAGCUGUCUGGAUCGACGAGAACAACAAUAUUGUAGACACUUCUGGGGCAAACAAGAGAGGACAAGACAAGAAGAAGGUCUUUCUCAACUCAACACAAGCGCAACUGCCACAGCAACAGACGUUUGUGCAGAAUUCGUCGCCACAGCCACAUCAAUACAUUCUACAACAACCUCAGUACUCUCAAAAUUUCCAACAGCAUCAAGAUUUACAGCAGCAGCAGCAACAUCAGCAGCAACUGUUUCAGCAAUAUGGCAUGCCACAGCAGCAAUUCCAGCACCAGAAUAUUGUUUCUCCACAGCCUGUUUACCCGAAUUCCAAUCAUAUGCAGAUGCAGAUGCAGAUGCCGAACAUUCCCAUCAACCAGCAGCAAUGGAAUAAUAGAGUCGACCCUACAAGUAGCGCUCCGUUCCAGAGUCCUACGUUGGUGCAGGACCCCAUGCAGAUUCCACGGUCCAUAGCACAACAACCGCCUUUGUCGCUAUCGCCACCUGCAGUCCAGCAGCCGCAGCAGCAAUCAAUUGCACAACAACUUGGCCAAGGCAUCCAGAGCAUGUAUACAGCAUCAUCUACCCAAUAA